AUGGCUACCCCUAGUGUCCUCGCCUUUGACGCUGAGGGUCGGGCCAUUGACUUUGAGGUCUGGGUAGAUGACCUGCAGCUGUUCUUACAGUGCGAUAGGGCAGACGACCUCUCUCUCUUUGACCUCACAUCUUGCGCUUCCCCUGCCCCUACUGCUGAUGCUGACGCCACUGUUCGCUCCCAGUGGGCCACGCGCGACGCUGCUGCACGUCUUGCUCUGCGUCGCCACCUCCCUACCUCCGAGCGUGCGCACUUUAGUCAGUACAAGAGUGCUCAGACCUUGUACGACGCUGUAGUCGCGCGCUACUCCUCCCCUGCCACUGCUGCACUGAGCCGUCUCAUGCUACCGUACCUCUUUCCUGACCUUGCUGCCUUUCCCACAGUCGCUGACCUCAUUACGCACCUCCGCACUAGUGACACUCGCUACCGCGCUGCGCUUCCUCCUGACUUCUGCGCCAAGAACCCCCCCCCCAUGUACAUCACUCUCUACUACAUAGUCACUCGUCUCCCUGACUCCCUUCGUGUAGUCAAGAACCACUUCCUCUCAGUCUGUCCCACCACUCUCACUGUAGACCUAAUCGAGAAGUCCCUCCUAGCCGCCGAGAAGAGCAUAGUCGCUGUAGGGGCCUCUCGUGGUGACCCGCGCACCCCCAUCUUUGAGGGGUGUUCCCCCUCCCCCCUUCUGCCCUCUGUUGCCUCUGCUGCUGCGGCCGACCUCCUUGGUCUUGAGUCGGUCGGUGCGGCGUCUGCCCCUAGCGGGAGACGCCGCUCUGGCAAGGGCAAGGGGGGCAAGGGCGCUGGAGGAGCGAGCGGGGGCGGUGGAGGUGGAGGUGGCGGCAGUGGGGGGAGUGGGGGUGGCGAUGGGAGUGGAGGUGGGGGUGGAGGGGUCGGUGGCGGCAGUGGAGGCGGAGGUGGCGGCGGCGGUGGCGGUGGGAGCGGAGAUGGCGGAGGUGGUGGCGGUGGAGGCGGAGGCGGAGGUGGCGGCAGUAGCGGAGGCGGCGGAGGCGGCGGAGGCGGCGGAGGCGGCGGGGGUGGGGGUGGUGCUGGUCGCGGGUCUUCGCAGAGGAGUGGCUCCGGUGGUGGCUCGCGCCAGCAGCAGCAGCGCGGUCGUGAGACCCUGUCCCCUCAGCAGCUUUGUGAGUGGUACACUGCGCGCCAGCGGGGUGGGGGUUUUGGUCCGUGCUCCUACGUUUUGCGCACCGGCGACCGUGCGGGUGAGCAGUGUGGGGGUGCACACCCCACCAAGCGCUGCUUUGGCCGCCUUACGGACGCGUGGCGUCACCAGUUCCCGGAGGCCUCAGAGAUCCCUCGCUGGGGCGAGCUGUCUAGGGCGGGUGUUGCCAUCUAUGAUCUUGACUUUGAUGCAAUUCUCUCUGCCAUGUAUGCUGUGUCUAUUAGUGAUGAGGGUGACUAUUACCGGUGUUUCCCGCCCGAUCCGGGCAUUGGGACUUCUGCUCUAGGUACUGGUGAGGCUGCUGGCCUAGGUGCUUGCGACGCUGCUGCUCUAGGUACUGGUGAGUCUGCGCUCUCAGGUACUAUGUCGGCUUCGGCCUCCCUCACCUUCACCCUUGACUCUGGGGCGUCUCGCUCCUUCUUUCGGGACCGCACCACACUCACACCGCUGAGUCGGGCGGUUGCAAUGUCUCUGGCUGACCCCUCUGGGGGUCCUGUCCUGUCUCGCUUCUCCACAGUCCUCCCGUGUCUGGCGGCUCCCUCUGGCACCCUGUCAGGUCUCUACCUCCCCUCGUUCUCUACGAACCUGGUGAGUGGUGCUGACCUACAGGAUGCGGGUGUACACCAGUUCACUCCUGCGCAUCAGCGGGUGAUGCACUGUACAGAGGCUAGCACAGGCCGGCACCUGGCUACGUUUACCCGUCAGCCAGGGUCGAGCCUGUACACACUGACCACUGCGUCUCCUCCCGUUACUGAGUCUGGUAGGGUCGCUUCGUCGAGUCAGGUGUUUGCUGCAGCGUCCAGGUCUGAUCCUGAGUCUACCCCCUGUUCGUGUCGUCUCCUGUCUCACGAGACUCUCCUCUGGCACCACCGUCUUGGCCACCCCUCUCUUCUUCGGCUCAGAGGCAUGGCCUCCCAUCUUCUAGGGUCUGGUCUCCCCCGGUCCCUCACUCCCCUUCCUCAGGGCCCUGGCCCUACCUGUCUUCCCUGUGUCGAGGGGCGCCAACGUGCUGCCCCUCACUCCUCCCAGUUUCCUCCGACAGAGGCCCCGUUGCAGACGCUUCACAUGGACGUGUGGGGCCCAGCCCGCGUCCGUGGGCAGGGUCAUGAGCGCUACUUCCUGCUCGUUGUUGACGACUACUCGCGUUACACCGCAGUCUUCCCCUUGCGCAGCAAGGGUGAUGUCACUGAGGUGCUGAUCGGCUGGAUCCACGCAGCUCCUCUCCAACUCAGGCAGAGCUUUGGCUCGGACUUUCCUGUUCUGCGUCUGCACUCGGACAGAGGCGACGAGUUCUCCUCUGGCCUUCUGCGAGCCUACUGUUGUGCACGAAUCAUCCGUAAGACCUUCACGCUUCCGGACUCUCCGCAACGAAAUGGGAUUGCUGAGCGCCGCAUUGGCAUGGUCAUGGACGUCGCUCGUACGUCUAUGAUGCAUGCGGCUGCCCCCCAUUUUCUGUGGCCGUUUGCGGUCAGGUACGCGGCGCAUCAGAUCAACCUUCACCCCAGGGUCUUCAGGCCGGAGACCUCCCCAGCCUUGCUGUGGACGGGGAAGGUUGGCGAUGCGUCGGCGUUCCGGGUCUGGGGAUCUCGGGCGUUUGUCCGCGACUUGUCUGCGGACAAGCAGUCCCCUCGUGCUGCUCCUUGCGUCUUCCUGGGGUUCCCCCCUGACGCACCUGGGUGGCAGUUCUACCACCCCACCUCUCGCCGUGUUCUGUCCUCCCAGGACGUCAUGUUCGACGAGUUGGUCCCCUACUACCGCCUCUUCCCCUACCGCACUCCGUCCCUCCCCCCGCCCCCGCUCUUCCUUGUACCAGGUCCCCCCCCGGUAGAUCCCCUCCCCCCUCAGGGUCCUGCCCCUUCAGGUGUGUCCCAGGUAGACGCAGUCGAGCCUGUCGAGGUCACUGGUGACUCUAGUGCUGCUGAGGGUGCUGAGCCUUGGGGUGCUGAGACUGGUGGUGCUGAGCCUAGGGGUGUUGGGCCUGGGGGUGCUGAGCCUGGGGGUGCUGAGCCUGGGGGUGCUGGGACUGGGGGUGCUACGCCUGGGGGUGCUUUGCCUGGGGGUGCUGAGCCUGGAGGUGCUUCGCCUGGAGGUUCUCCGGGUGCUUCGUCUCGCCGGGAGCCACUCUCUCCACAGGAGCUGCGCGAGUGGUUUGCUCGGCGCUGGAGCCGUGCUGCUGGUGCUGGAGGUUCUUCGGCUGCUGAGGGUGCUGCUGUCGCGGGUCCCGGAGGUGCUCGUACUGGGAGUACUGGAGCUGCUGGGCCUGCAGGUUCGACUGGAGCUGGUGCUGCUGAGGGUGUUGGCGCUGAGACUACCACUGGCAGUCCUGCUGGGGGUGCUCCUGGUUUUGCUGGAGGUUCUGGAGCUACUGGAGGUGCUGCUGGAGCGGGUGCUCCUCCUGGGGGUACUGGUGCUGUCCCUGCUAUUUCUGGCGUCGCUUCGCGGCCUCGACCGUACUUCGUUCCACUCCUGCAGCAGGUUCUUGGUCUUCCACCUUCUUCUGGUCCUCCUCCUCCCUUGGAGGGUCCACAGCCUGUCCCGUCACAGUCACAGCUACAGCCUACCUCCCCUUUUCCUGCUCCUUCUCCCUACGCUGGUCCUACUGGAGGUCUUGCUGAGCGUUUCCUCUCUUCCUGCUCUUGCCGACCCGGACUCGUCGACUUUGCUGCUCGCUGUCGCCUAGACUACGCUGCUAGUCUUGUCGCUGAGUCUGAGUGUGUCUGUCCUCCGUCCGUCGGGGGUGAGAGUGCCCUUGGCACGGACGUCCUUGAGGACAGGCAGGAGGAGUUCCAGUGUCUGGCAGCUGCUUCACCUCAUCUCCUGUCCGUACUGCUUACCCCUGAGGGAGACCCGGAUGCACUUGACAUCCCGACUCCGCGCUCUUACGCGGAGGCGAUAGAGGGUCCCUACUCCUCUCAGUGGAAGGCAGCUAUGGAUGCAGAGAUGGCUUCCUGGAAGUCCACAGGCACCUACGUUGACGCUGUCCCCCCUCCUGGGGCGAACAUCGUCAGUGGCAUGUGGAUCUUCAGGGUGAAGCGGCCGCCGGGUUCUCCGCCUGUCUUCAAGGCGCGUUACGUGGCUCGUGGCUUCAGUCAGCGGCAGGGAGUUGACUACUUUCAGACCUUCUCCCCCACCCCGAAUAUGACCACUCUUCGGGUACUGCUACACGUUGCUGCUCACCGUGACUACGAGCUUCACUCUCUCGACUUUAGCACUGCUUUCUUGCAGGGCAGCCUUCACGAGGAGAUCUGGCUGCGCUGCCCACAUGGCUUCACUGGGUCUUUCCCUCCUGGUACCCAGUGGAAUCUCCGGCGUCCAGUCUACGGUCUCCGCCAGGCGCCACGUGAGUGGCACGACACACUGAUGACUACACUUGCGGCUCUUGGGUUUGCUCCUUCUACUGCCGACCCGUCGCUGUUUCUGCGCACCGACACCUCUCUGCCGCCGUUCUACAUCCUCGUGUACGUCGACGACUUGGUCUUUGCCACAGCUGACACUGCUGGACUCGCCUACGUGAAGUCCGAGCUGCAGAAGAGACACACGUGCACUGACUUGGGUGAACUGCGCAGCUACCUCGGCUUGCAGAUCACCCGGGACGGAGCACGCCGCACCAUAACCUUGACUCAGUCACACAUGGUGCAGCAGGUCCUUCAGCGCUUCGGCUUCACGUACUCCUCGCCUCAGGCCACUCCUCUGGCUACUCGCCACUCACUCUCAGCUCUGCCUUCGGAUGAGUCCAUAGAGUCGAGUGGCCCGUAUCCAGAGCUUGUUGGCUGCCUCAUGUACCUGAUGACCUGCACACGACCUGACCUUGCAUACCCUCUUAGCAUUCUUGCACGCUAUGUUGCUCCUGGGAGACACCGACCAGAGCACAUGGCUGCAGCGAAGAGGGUGUUGCGCUACUUGUGCAGUACGUCGGGCAUGGGGCUAGUGCUUGGAGGGCGGAGUCCAGUGGUCCUCACUGGGCACGUGGACGCUUCUUGGGCUGACGACCAGGCUACACAGCGGACGUCACAGGGUUACACCUUCAGCCUCAGUUCCGGCUCUGUUUCGUGGCGGGCUACUCGCUCGUCUUCUGUCCUUGGCUCCAGUUGUGAGGCUGAGAUCUACGCCGGGGCCAUGGCUGCCCAGGAGCUUCGCUGGCUCACCUACCUGCUGACCGAGCUUGGAGAGCCGCCUCGUUCUCCUCUAGUCCUGUACGUAGACAACAAGGCCAUGCUGGCCUUGUGUUGA